AUGAACGAUUCGAAAGGACCUAAAAUAAUGAGUUCUCACUCAUUCAAUAGUAUUAAGAAUGAAGAGCCUAAGAAGGCAGAAGUGAUUGAUGAACAAUCAUUAUAGACAACCUAAAAGAGGGGAUAGCCAAAAAUCAAUAUUAGUCGUUUGCCUCCAGCAUUUGCAAAUAAAAAGUAUUAAAAAUGGUGUAAUUCAGGCCACAAAAGAAAUAGAUAGAACCAUUAGCGUAGAAGAAGGAGUAGAAACAAUAAGUACAACAGAAUCUACAGAACAUAGAAGCAAUACAAGAGUACAAGUAGGUGAGCCAAAUGUUAAGUCCCUUGAAGGCAUUAAUUAUAAAUCAAACUCUAGCGCGAACACAAUUAGCAAUCAAAGAAUCCAUUAGCACCAUUUCGUUAGUUCAUGAAAGACCAAAAGAAAAUACAUGAAGAAUUA